AUGAGUUCGCAAAAUUUCUCUCAAAAUUUGAAGAAACAUAUGCAGAGUCUCCUAAUCAGAAAGUCUGAUAUGCCAUAUUAUAGUCAAAACAAUAUUGUGGACAUAAUAACAGGAGUAUUAGAUAAGUACACUGACGCAAACACUAAUAAUAUUAACGUUGAAAAUGCUAUAAAGAAUAUAAAAGAAAUUCUAGAUAAAACUUUUGGGUCUGGUUGGAUAUGCUUAAUAGGAGAGUCUUUUUCUUUCAAUAUAUCAGCAAAAGAAAAUUCCUUCUUAUUUUGUUUUUAUCAAGGAUAUUUAGCUAUAGUUGUUUAUAAAUGUUGA